AUGGGAAGCAGCUCAUCGAAAAAGCUGUCAGCGAAGCUGAAAUCUCCUGACACAAUAGAUGAAAUGAAGAAUAGCCCAAGGCUUCAAAGACUGAUGUCAAGAAAACAGCCUAAAGGUAGGUUGGCCAGCCUUUAUGAUGAAGCAAUCACUCCACCUGCGUCUCCGAGGGAAAAUCAAAAGGCAGAAAUUCAAAAAGAGAUACAGAAUGCUAUAGAAAAGAGACAAAGAAUGAAUUCUUUAAAUGUAAAUUUUAAGGCGCUUGCCUUAAUCCCUAGUGAGCAAAAUUUUCUUGCUUGAAUAAUAGGUAAUUAUAUUUUCUUAAAAUUUAUAAAUAAGUUUUUUUGGAAUCCUGAUUUCAUGAAGCUGAGAAUUUAAUAGUUAUAUAGUAUCAGCAUGAAAUUUCGUUAUAAUAAUUAUCUCUUAUGAAUCUAAAAUGCUAUUUAUAAAACAUCUUUUGCUUACUUGCAAGGGCAAAAUAAAGGAAUUUUUCAAAUAGCUUUGCUUAAUCGUGGAGUUAAUAAAGGAGGAGGUCCCUAAAAUUGACGUAAAUAAGGGACAAAGCUAUUUAAAAAAGCAAAGGCAUAGGUCAGAGUUUGAAUUUAAAGCUCCUGCGGCCCCUGUAAUUAUGAAACAUAAGAAGUCUCAAUCAAUUCCUGAUGAGAUCGGAAAGCAGUUUAAGACUUAUGAUGUGGGUGAGCAUGAUUGAUUUCUCGAAACGGAAAAUAUUUUUGAAGCGAAAACAACAAGGAAAGAGUCGAUAAACUCCCAAAAAACGAUCACAUUUAAUCUGAAAUUCAGCAAAAGUACUAUUUUAUUAGGUCAAUUUAGCAUUAAAUUGCUUGUGAGCGUUUUGAUAUAAAAAGUGCUCUCAGAUUUUAUUAAUGGCUGAUAUUCAACUAAAUGGAUAUACAAAAAAUGAAGAGCCUUUAAAGAUUGGGAUAAAAACAGAGAAAUCUCCCCAGAUACCUGAUUUUUUGCCAAGAAGAAGAUCAUCUAAUAUCGAUUUCAAUCCUUUGUCUCCAAAAGGAAGCGAUGUGAAGUAUGAAAUCCUUAAUGACAAAUUUAUUAAAAAUAAAUACAGUGCAAUUUCUGUCACCAAAUUUAUUCAUCAAGAUAGUGAGCAAAAAGAAAUUGUUCAAACAAAAACUAUAUAAAUAAAAUGGCAUUCGGUUCGAGAGAAAUUGGCUCUGCCAAUUUUCUCUCCCUCAUGGAAUUUUAUUUAUGGGGUUGGGUUUUCUCUCGAGAACUUCUGCACAGCAAUAGUCGUUAACUUUGGGGAUAACCAAAGGCACGACUCCUCAGUGCACUCAAGAUUUCGGAGUUUUACCUCUCAGCACGUCCCCACGGGAGGAUGACCCUUAGGCGGAACACGCGCAGGAGCUGAGUCUGGACGAGCGACGGCAACGCGCCGGGUGAGAUGUGCGGCGAUUUAUCUGGCGACUAGCCUCAUAGAAGGCUUGGGUGUGGGCUGACCACAUAUUCCAAGAUGGCUUGGUGACGUCACUAGUUGUCGCUUUGACCCUUUUUCAUUAAGGGGUGUGGGCACUAGACACCUUAAAAACUAUGUAACUAAGUAAGUAAGUUCAAACAAAAACUAAAAGAAGAACUUUGCCGCAUGCAAAUCCUUCGUAUACUCCUUUUUCUGCAAAAGACGUAACCACUAAGACACCAAUAACAGAAACUACUCUGGAAAGUCCAGCCGAAGUCCAGCGCAGAAAAAUUCGAUUAAGAACUAGAGUUCCAACUCAAUUUAAUAAACCGUUCACUCCAGAUAAGUCAAUAGCUGUGAAAUCUCCAAAAGAGCAAAUUGCGUGGAAAGGCCAGCAUGGCAAACUUAAUCGGUGAUUUAUUAAUUAUUUUAUAAUAGAAAUAAAAUUAUAAUAUUUAAAUUUAAGAUUUAAGAUUACGAUAACCCUCUGUCGACCCCCACUUAGCUUAGGAUCUGACAAGCAAGCCCAUCCUCCCUGAAUUCCAUCACUGGCUAACAGCUCUGAACAACGGUAGGUGGAAUCGGCCUAACCGUCGAACCGUUACAGUAGCCUAUGACCUAGACGAGUCGCUCUUUCUUUCUUGAUGUUGAUUCAAGCACACAAAGAAAGAAAGAAAGAUUUUUAUGAUUACCUUAUCCUAUUCAUCCAACUUCACAGUCAGCAACUCCACUUCACAAUCAGCAACUCCACUUCACAAUCAGCAACUCCACUUCACAAUCAUCAGCAACUCCACUUCACAAUCAUCAGCAACUCCACAAAACCAAUUCCACAGAGCCAACUUCACAAGACUAAUUUCCACAAAACCAACUCCACAAAACCAACUUUACAAAACCAACUCCAUAAAACCAACUCCAAAUUAACAUCACAUCAACGCCCAGCACCCGCUCCAACAGCAGGCCAGGCUAACAAUUCCAAGUUAACGAAGAAAGUUUUUGUCAGGCCAGCCUAACCCCAAAUUCCUCUGCGGUGACCUUCUGACAGAUCCACCACGCAGAGAGCCAUGCACCUCCUCCGGAUAAUUAAAACUCUGGUCAUUGAGUCGACACCAACUUACUCCCAAGGUUACCCACCCCAUACGGCAGCGUUAAGUCUGCUAAGGGUUAGAAUUAAAGGGCCCGGACCUUGUUUUGGCUAUAGGGUAACUUUUGCGACCAAGGUGAUUCGUCGUCGCCGAGGACCUAUUUAGUCGCCACCACCAUUUUAAUUAUCAAGCACACAAGGAACUGCCGAAGCAGUUCCAGCGACUAUAUCCUUCAGAAAAUCUGAACUUCCCUCACUAGGAUGACCUUUAGGGGACAAUGACCCUAAUUCAUGCGCUCCAUUUUUAAUUGUGA